AUGAAAAGUCGCAAAAGCAAAAAUGUUGCUAUUGUAGGCAGUGGUGCGGCUGGCAUGGCUGCGCUAUGGGCACUAAAAAGCCAUUCACCGCACCAGGUGGACCUAUAUGAGGCCGAUAGUCGACUGGGGGGACAUACCAACACUGUUAGAUUCAAGAAAGGAAAAGAGCAUACGUACGUCGAUACUGGGUUUAUAGUGCUAAACACAGCUACCUACCCAAAUUUCAUAUCAUUUCUGAACGAGAUCAACAUUCCCACACAGAAGUCAGAAAUGACCUUCAGUGUGUCGCGGAACUGGGGCCUCUUUGAGUGGGCCGGUAAUUCUCUCCAAACCGUCUUUGCGCAGAGAUACAACCUCUUCUCCUGGCAAAUGUGGCGCAUGCUCUUUGAUAUAGUCAGAUUCAAUGUUUUUGCACUUGACGUCUUACGGAGCGAUCACGCAUCUCGCAUUGACGAGGUCAGUGUUGGGGAGUAUCUAGACGAAGAAGGCUACUCGACAUUCUUCAGGGAGAGUUACCUCAUUCCAAUGACUGCAGCUAUUUGGAGUACGAGUCCCCAUAAAUGCUCCUUGGAGUUUCCAAUUAUCACAUUGGUCCUUUUUAUGUGGAACCACCACUUGAUCGACACGAUCUCUCAGCGCCCGGAGUGGCGCACACUUAAAUACAGAGCACAGUCUUAUAUUGAAGCUAUGAUGGCCAAUUUUCUCUCCAACCGGGUGCAUCUCAGCACCCCGAUUCGAUCUCUUACCAACGAUUUGUCCGGUCGCGUAUCGCUCAUCACCGCGCAUGGAGUUAAAAGAACAUAUGAUCAUGUUAUCCUAGCGACCCAUGCACUCCAAGCGCUGUCGAUUAUAUCACCUUCGUGUACUGACAAGGAAUACAACAUUUUGUCGCAGUUCGAGACCUCUCGGAACACCGCAUUCCUGCACUCAGACACCGCUUUAAUGCCACGGAAUCGCAAAACAUGGUCGUCAUGGAACUAUCAAACAACAAGACACGCCACGCAGGUGUCUCUUACGUACAACUCUAACAUUCUGCAGGGCAUUCCAGCCUCCAAAUAUGGCGAUGUGCUUGUUACCUUAAAUCCGCUCCAUCCUCCAGACUCAGCUACCAUCCAGGGAGUUUAUUCCUAUCUACAUCCCCUUCUUACUAUUGGUGCUAUGAAAGCUCAAUCCCGACUGUCUGAGAUUCAAGGGACCCGUGGAAUCAGCUAUGCAGGGGCUUGGACGAAGUUUGGGUUUCAUGAAGAUGCGUUCACUAGCGGCUUCAAGGUUGCUGUCGAACAACUUGGUGCUAAUCUCCCUUUUGAAGUCGCGGACAGUGAGUUCAGCAGAGGGAAGGUCCCAGACUUGACCUGGCCGGUGGUUUUACCCAGGUUGUGCCUUCAAGGGUUGCAUUUGGUGUUGACCUGGGUCGAGUGGACCUUUGCCACAUUUCUUUCGGUUCGGAACAAUGGAGGGAAAUCGGCUAUGAUGAACUAA